AUGAACAACCUCUUCUCCAGGGAUCUUCAGGUGAAGACGAUGGAGCAGACUGUGGUGCACGCUGAGAAGCACCUGGGUGAGAUCUGCUCCCUGCUGGCCUCCUACACCAGGAAAACAGCCAAGCUCAGGGACAAGGCCGACCUGCUGGUGGCUCGGCUCUUUGACUUCUGCAGGACAGAGGACCCUGAGCUUCAGCUUGGCCUGAAGAACCUAGCAGAAGACCUCGCCAUGGUGCAGGACUACAGGCAGGCUGAGGUAGAAAGACUGGAGACCAGAGUUAUUCGUCCUCUCAAAGCCUACGGAGAUAUCGUCAAGAACAAAAGGACUGAUCUGAAGAAGUUCAACGCUGACCUGAAGAGGGAGAUGAAACAGCUGCGGCAACUGGAGAAAAUACGUCUGAGGGAUCCAGCGGACCGACAGAGCAUUUCUCAGGCAGAAGUAAACGCCCAGAAGGCUUCCAACAACGCCCAGCGCAGCAUCAGACAGCUCGAGGAGACGAUUACUGACUUCCAGAGACAGAAACUGGAGGAUAUCAAAAGGAUCUUCACAGACUUCAUCACGGUGGAGAUGCUCUUCCAUGCUAAAGCGCUGGAGGUCUACACACACACAUACCAGAACCUGGAGGCAAUGGACACCGAAAAGGAUCUGCAGCUGUUCAGUGGACGAAUCAAGAUGUCCGACUCCAUGACAGGACCUCUGGGCACGACUCUGAACAGCAGCUCCUCUUCCCCCAUAAGUCACUACCCCAGUCCUCCUCCAGCCUCCCUAAAAUCCCAAAGUCUCAGAUCAGCGCUGGCCUCCACCACAAGUCAAAGCCACAGACAACAGCACAGGAGGUCUCGGAACACCUUCCAGCACCAGAGAGCUGUGGAAGAGACGCCGGAGCAGGAAGAAGAGGACGAGGAGGAGGAAGAAGAAGAGGACUCUGGAUCAGAAACAGAGGACGGACAGCACACCACCAGGCAGUCUUAUGCUGCUCAAUACGCCCAGAUGCACAGAUGGCAGAAGUAGCAGCCUGUCCACAGAGACAUGGACGUACACAGAACUGUUUGUAUCUAGGGUUGUAAAUGAGAUGUGUGUUGUUAGGUAGGUCAGUUCAUUCUGAUGUCUACAGCUGU